AUGGGUGCACCAAAGACUUUGAAAGGAAAGACUGUUUUUGUUACAGGGGGUUCCGGGGGGCUGGGUAAAGCAAUAUCUAAGGAGUUAGCUGCACGAGGUGCUCACAUUACGAUAUUUGCUCGUAGAGAAGGUCCCCUUGAGGAGGCGAAGAAGGACAUACUCACUGCUCGCUUGAGCGAGGACCAGGAGAUCAAUGCCGUAUCGCUGGAUCUCGCUGAUGCUUCAAAGGUUGAUGAAGCGUUCAGAGCCCAACCCCGAAUUGCAGAUGUCCUGUAUUGCUCGGCGGGCGGGAAUCAUUCCGAGAACGGCUUUCUUGCGGACAUCGAAGCCAAAGACCUUGACAAUUGCAUGAAAAACAACUAUUAUUCAUCUGCUUACGCUGCCAAAUCGUUGAUUGACAUGUGGUUGGCGGAUGAUAAGAAGGGAUCGCCCCAAGGCGCUCAACCGCGAUUUCGCCAGAUAAUCUUCAUCAACAGUGCUGCUGCAUUUCUGGGCAUACCGGGCUCCAUUGCUUAUACGCCUGCGAAAUGUGCCGUCCGUGCUUUGGCGGACACGCUAAGAAUGGAAGUCCUGCGCUAUAACUGCCCAGCUUCAACCUACACCAUCCACUGCGCUUUCCCGGCCGACUUCGUCUCUCCCGGUUUCGUCCUGGAGCAGAAGACGAAGACGCCGCUGACAAAGCGUAUCCAAGGCUUGGAUCGCCCUUUCGAGGAACUGGAGACCCGCUUUCCGUCUUCCGAGAAAGUUGCUACGCUCAUCAUCGCGGCGGUGGAGAGGGGUGAAUUUAUCAUCUGCGAGGACUCGUUUGCUGCAUCGGCCCUGUUUACUAAUAUGACUGGACCCUCGCCAAAGAGGGGCCUUGGGAUCGUGGAUUCCAUCAUGGGUUUGCUGGUCGGAUGGGUCGUCUGGCCGGUCUUGAGAAGGAGAUGGGAGUCUAUGUGUAGACAGGAUGGUGAAGAAUCUAGGAAACAGGUAGAGUGA